AUGGAUCAUGAUUAUUUUACCAAUAAAAUUAAUACUAGAAUGUUUGAAAAAAGAUAAUCAGUAUUAAAUCUAGUCGUAUAAAGUAAUGUAUAAGUAAUAAAAAAAAAAAAAAAACAAUGGAUAGAAAUAUUAAAAUAAAUAGUUUACGUUCACCAUUUGAUGGAAUAUUUAAUGUGAUCAGUGGUUUACCACAAGGGCAUGAAAAACCUUUGAAACAUGCAUUAUACAAUGCUGUAGCACUAUUAAUAUUAAUUUUUUGCUGUGCCACAUGUUGGACAUUGUACUUAAUAUUGGAACCAUUUAUAAAGCCACUAGUAUGGGCACUAUUAAUUGGAUCUGUGUUACAUCCAUUUAAAUAUAAACUUACAAAAUUAAUACGAAAAUGGUUUAAACAAUUGGAUGAAAAGAAUACGCCAGUUAUUAUUGGUUUUGUUGUGUUACCAAUCAAUAUUGCAAAUGAUUUUUCUGAAAGUGUUGGAAAUCAUAUAUUGAAACGUUUAAAAAUUAUUAUUGGCGUUGUUAUUGCGAUUUCGUUGAGUCAUAUUUUGUAUAAUUAUACGCCACGUUUUGCUGUGAAUGUUGUAUGGAUUAUUAUCAACUUCAAUCAUACAGUAGUGUCUUUUCUUAUGAAUAUCAGCAGUUCUUCCACGAUAUUUGUAUUUGUGUUAAUGUAUAUAACAGCGUUAAUAUUCUUUUGGAAACGUGAAACAGCACAAAAUUUUCGAUAUGCUGCAUAUGGUUUAUGGAUUUUAAUCUCAUGUUGCCUUUGUCAAAUUGUAGACGAUUAUAAAUUACAUAUAUUUGUUUUUUUACAAUUUUUAAGUUUAGCAGGCUUUAUAAUUGAAAUUUUAAACUAUCAAGAAGAACUACGGAAUUCAGGUCAUGAAAUAUCGUUUGCAAAAUGCUUGUUACUAGUUUUUACACAAGAAAAAUUAGCUGACCAACCAUUAGACCAGUCAGACACAACAGAACCAAAUAUUAAUAAAAACUUAGAUAAAUCUUUAAAUAGUUCUACGGAAAUUGAAACUGUGUUCACAAAACAUGAAGAAAUCAAUAAAUCGUUACAAUCAAACGGUGCCAAAUCUUCAACGAAAAAUGACAAUUCUGAAUUUGAAUUAGAAUUGUUUACUAAAAAAGCGACAUCAGGAGAUUCGGAUAAAAGUUUAACAUCAAAAUCAUCUACAUCAGAUUUAAAAGUACCUGAUUCGUUAAAAAUUACUCCUGUUGUACAAACAAAAAUCACACCGGUAACAGCUAGUCGACGGCAUACAAUCAAUACGGAUAUUCCAAAAAAUAAAAAAACUUUUAUUGAAUCUCUAAUAUUGUCCAGAUUACAAUAUCAACAAAGUCAAACUGCAGAUGAUAAAUUCACCAGUGAUUUAUACAUAUACUGUGUAUUUUGGGCAUGUUGUGUUUUGGUUGUAUGGAAACAAAUAUUUUUUCUAGCACUUCUACCAAUUCCUAUUUUAAUUUAUAUAAUAAAACGCACUGGAUAUUAUUUUAAUGUAUGGGCGUACUUAAAUUCACAAAUUUCUAAUUUUUAUACUAGCAUAUAUGAAUGGUGUGUACCACGGUUUGAUGCGCUGGUACCAUUGUAUGUUCGUGGUAUUUACAAAAUAUUUUGUAAGCUUAAUGCGUUAUUCGAAGCAACAUUACGAGACAGUAUUGACACCGUUGCAAGUACUGUUGUUAUAUUUGGACUGAUUGUAUUUUUAACAUUAUCAUCAAUAUUCAUUUUUAUUCAGGUGUAUGCAGAGGCUAUAAUGCUUGUACAAAUAGCUGGUAAUGUAAUUAACAAUACUGUUGUACAUAAUCCAGAAUUACGCCAACUAUUACCUCCAGGCAUUGAUGAUACUAUUGAUUCAUUAAUUGAUAACGCAUAUACUUAUGGACGUGAAGGUAUUAGUAAAACUAUACGAAGUAUGAUGAGUGAUGUUCAAGAUGAAAAGUCAGCAAAAUUAGAACAGCAAGUACUUGAACUAUGGGAUCGUGUUUAUCAAUCAUGGAUAUCAGCAGACAAUUCCAAUAUAAUUGGACCAACAGUUACUUCAAUGGCUGUUGAAAAUUCAUGGAAUACAUUCCUUGAGGAUCUACGAAAAUCACCUGAAAUGUUUAAUUUAAGUGCAAUUAUCGAAUUUUUAAAACAAAAUGUUGGUACUAUGACUUCAUUGUUGGAAUCCGUAUGGUCAAUUUUAAAAGGAAAUAUCAGCCUUGUAUUAGGAUCAUUUAGUGCCUUUGUAUCGAUUAUUCUAGGUGGUGGAACUGCUGUUCUCAAUUUUAUAUUAAAUGUGAUUGUUUUUCUAACUACACUUUUCUACUUGCUAAGUUCAAGUGGUGUAUUUUACAAACCUGUAGAACUAUUAUCUAGUGUUUCACCAUCAAAUGGUUCACGAUUUGGAUUGGCAUUAGAACAAGCUGUUUAUGGUGUAUUUAAGGCAACUGGAAAAAUGGCGUUAUUUUAUGGACUUUGGACAUGGUUUAUACAUAGUUUAUUUAAUGUAAAAAUAGUAUAUUUGCCAACAGCCCUAGCAACAAUUCUGGGUGCUGUUCCAUUUUUAGGACCAUAUUGGGCAUGUUUUCCAGCAGUUUUAGAUUUAUGGCUAUCUCAAGAUCAAUUAUUUUUAGCUUGUAUGUUUGCAAUAUGUCAAUUUGCGCCAUGUGCUUUUAUAGAUGCUACAAUUUAUCAAGAAAUUAAAGGUGGUGGCCAUCCCUACUUAACAGCGUUAGCUAUUGCUGGUGGAAUAUUUUGGCUGGGCGUGGAAGGUGCUAUAAUUGGACCGAUUAUGUUAUGUGGUUUAUUUGUAGUUGUUGAUUUAUCAUCAGCAUUAUUCAGGGAAUCACCGUUAGAUGAUACUUCGUUACCAAUUAGAUUGCACAGGAUGGAUUCGGUUUUAUAAAAACAAUGGUUGUGAAUUUUUGUGAUGAGUCUAACAAUUGACAAUUUUAUACGCUAAGAAACGACGGGUAUUCUUAAACAAUGAAUCUCAUUGAGAGAAAUUUUAAACUGAAUAUACUAUAAAUUUGCUUUUGCUUCAAGAAAAAGUAAUUAAUUAUAAAUGAGAGAUUUUACGAUUUAGAUAGUUUUUAAAAUAUUUACAUAAUUUAUUAUAAAAGCUUGGACAUCGUGUCGUUUUUCCAUUAAUAUUCGUAUAAAUAGGAACAUAAGCGUUCGCAUUGCGAUUUGAUGUCUUAGGUGGACACACACCAUAAUGCAUUUUAUUAUUUUUCUAUGAUUUUUUAAUAUAUUUUGAAUGAAGUAUACUAAAGUUUUGAAUGAAGUAUACUAAACUUUUUCACUUAAAAGGAUCUUGCAGCUAAGGUCGCAUUCAUUAAAAAUGUAUAAAAGAAAAUCUUACGGUCAUAUCCUAAUCAAAAUAGAAAGUUACUAUUAAUGUUAAAUGUUACCACUUUCGAACCCCUUCGCUUUAUUUUGGGUAUAUCUCAAGAACAAUAUAGUUACGAAAAAAUUUGCCAAGUAAAAGUUUUAUUUGGUAAUUCCGUACCUGUAACGUUUUGUUCAUAAAACCAAAUAUUAAAUAUUUCCAAUUCAAAAUUACAUAUUUAUUUUCUUAAAUGCUAAUUCAAUUAGAAAAUGAUCAGAUCUUAUAUAUAUCCUAUAAAAAGCCCCCGUAUUUUUGGAUGAAUUACAAAUUUAAAGGUGUUUAAUUGUCUUCUAGCAGCUAAACUAGCGGAACGAAUUCAUUACAACUGAACGCUUGUAAGAUUUCAGUUUUAAACGUUGCAUUUAUUACAUUUUACUUUGUUCCCAAAUUUAGCUAACUUUAUUUGAUUUGUGAGAUUUUAAAUUCACAAUUACGUAAGUCGUGAGUAGUAAUGGAGAUUUCAAAUUCGUACAAGUUUAUACAAUUUUUAAAUAUAGUUUUCGUAAAAAAGCUGAUGGCAGUUUAUUUAUAAAAAUAAAUUUCUAUGUAUUUAUAUAAACAAGAAACAAACCUGUCUCAAAAUGAGUGUCACACUAAUGUUUACAUUUUUUUUAAAUGAUGGUUUAAUAGGACGUAUCAAAAUAUCUUUCUUGACAGAUUUUCCAAUAAAAAUAUUCUACCAUAAGUGAACGUAUCUCAAAGUUAAUAAA